GCAUUUUUUAAAAUAAAGAAACUCUUCAGCCCCUUUGCCCUUCCAUUGCCCUCUUGGAAAUCUGCACAAGAUGGGGGCAGAGGCCAGGGAGAUGCACUGACCGGUUUCUAUGGGUAGAUGUCACAGCAGAGCUCCCAAGUCAGCCUUCUGGAUUUGAAGUUCCAAGGCAAACAACUCUGAAAGCUUGAAGAGGAGAUUGAGAGCUCUAUUUUGGACUGAACUAAGAUGAGUGGGUAGAUCUACACACGAGCCCCCACGCAUACAUUCUUCCUCCGAGUCCAGAAGACAAAGAGGCGAGUGCUGAUUCCUGGAGAGCAAACUUUGAGCCAUGUGGAUCUCCUAAUUCAGCAUCGGACAGCCACUGAAGCACAGUUGCCCUUUCUUCCCUGGAGCCCGGGGGGUGGUGUGGGGGGUGGAUCGGGGUAAAGAAGCGGGAGACUUGGGCAGGAAGCAUCUGGCUCGGGCUGCAGCAGCAGCGGCUGCAGCUGCUAAUUCAGUCCACUGAACCAAGGCUGCUGGCUGCGCCUGAAUCAAAGAUUUCCCUUCUCAAGGAAGGAAAAGAUCUGAGCAAUGAUGAAGACUAUGUCCAGUGGGAACUGCACCUUGAACGUGCCAGCCAAGAAUUCCUACCGGAUGGUUGUUUUGGGAGCUUCCAGAGUGGGCAAGAGUUCUAUUGUCUCACGGUUUCUCAAUGGCCGCUUUGAUGACCAAUACACACCCACCAUUGAGGAUUUCCAUCGCAAAGUUUACAACAUUCGAGGUGACAUGUAUCAGCUGGACAUCUUGGAUACAUCUGGGAAUCAUCCAUUCCCUGCCAUGAGGAGGCUUUCCAUUCUCACAGGAGAUGUUUUCAUCCUAGUAUUCAGUUUGGACAACAGAGAAUCCUUUGAUGAGGUCAAGAGGCUCCAGAAGCAGAUCCUUGAAGUCAAAUCAUGUCUGAAGAACAAAACCAAGGAAACGGGGGACCUGCCCAUGGUGAUCUGUGGUAACAAGAAUGAUCAUGGUGAACUCUAUCGCCAAGUGCGCUCUGACGAAGCUGAGAAACUUGUUUCCAGCGAUGAGAACUGUGCUUACUUUGAAGUCUCAGCCAAGAAAAACACCAAUGUGAAUGAGAUGUUCUAUGUCCUUUUCAGCAUGGCCAAACUACCCCAUGAAAUGAGCCCUGCUCUUCAUAGGAAGAUCUCUGUCCAGUAUGGUGAUACUUUCCACCAAAAAUCCUUCAGGAUGCAUAGGGUCAAAGAGACAGAUGCCUAUGGCAUGAUCUCCCCCUUUGCUCGCCGACCUAGUGUCAACAGUGAUUUGAAAUACAUAAAAUCCAAAGUCCUCAGAGAAGGGCAAGCAAGGGAGAGAGAAAAAUGCGCAAUCCAGUGAAGGAAGUUCCACUGAGAAGGAGACUAUAGCAUAUGCGCAGUGCCUUAAAGGAAGUGGCUGAUCAAAGAGAGUCUGAAAAUAUUCAUUGAGGCAUGGGUGACAAUUGUGGUCGUGAAAAUACUUUGGCUAGAGCAUUGUACCAUUUCUGUAAAGAUAUAA